UACACAUAUAUAUAUUCGGUGCAGUUCAAGAUUAUAUACACACAAUAACAUCGCAUCGAUCUGUAUAUAUAUAUCCUAACAAGCUAGCUAGCGUUGUUAAGAAAACCAAAGUGCUACCAUCUUUAAUUUCUUUCUGGUUUUUUAUUUUUUUUUCUGCACUUAGCUACAAGAAAGAGAAGAGAAGAAAUUGGAUUCAUCUAUCGCUAUGCAAGAAGCAAUUCCGUACAAAACAUGGCUAACAAUGCCAAGAGACAAGCCUGCAGUGGUGGGCAAACAAUCGUCGCCGUUGAUGAACAAAGCCGGCGGUUCUUCAUCGUCGAUCUACGAGGGCGUUAAGGAAGAGAAAGACGGGGCGAAGAACAUGGUUACGGAGAACGCGGUGGUGGUGUUUGGGCGGCGGGGGUGUUGCAUGGUCCACGUGGUGAGGCGGUUGCUACAAGUGCUGGGGGUCAACCCUGUGGUCACCGAGAUUGACGAGGAGGCUGAGAAGGAGGUGAUUGAGGAGCUGGAGUCGAUUGCCGGUGACCGGACGGAGAAGGGGUUGCAGUUUCCGGCGGUGUUCAUCGGUGGCCGGUUGUUUGGGGGGUUGGAACGGAUUAUGGCGGCACAUAUUUCCGGCGAGUUGACUCCGGUAUUGAAACAUGCUGGGGCCUUGUGGCUGUGAUUGUGAACCAACUAUCAAUGAUUCCUUAGUACAUGUUCUGCUAAUUAAUUUGUAACAUUAUGAAAUUUUAAUUUACCAUGUUUUCAAAUUCCCCAAUCCUA